AUGGACAAGAUUACCGACGCAUUCACGCAGAAACUCAACCCGGAUCGAUUGAGCCCGACAAAAUCGCGCAUGAUUGACGAGGGCAAUAAUCAUUCAUCCCAAGGUCAACCUUCACGCAACCGCAGAAGCCAGCCGCGGCACCACAGCGACGAUGGCGUGGUUGACAUCUACAAUGACUGGACGCAGAUCUAUAGGUCUGGUGUCUCACCACAUUCACCCGAGCCAGUCAGAUCUCGUGACAGCGGUACUUCUCAUCCACGAAGAUCCAAGAGCCUGGCCGAGGGCAUGAGAAGACAAACGAGCCCCGCGAAAACGUCGCGAAACACCGAACCGGAGCGGCAGGCAUAUUCUCCUCCUGAUGUGGUCUCUGAAAGCCCCACGUUUUCACCUUUGCCUCUGUAUUUCCGGGGACAAGACUUUCCCACUUUCAAGCAAGGCGGCAAGACGCUGAUUGGUAACAAUGGAUGGCUUGAGAAUACCGGACAGGACGGGGAAAGCAAGACGCCUCAAAAGAGAGCCGGCAUCUUUGACAGCAUCAAGAAGAUUGCAAGAGACAUGACUGAAAUUCACUAUCCACAUCGUCGACUCCCGCAUGCAAAGGCGUCUGGUGCGCAACUCCUCAUAUCGCUUGACGCGAGAGAGCAGAGCCUGCUGUACUGCGAACUCGAAUACCACCUCACCUGUGCUCUCAACAACUACAUUUCCCGUGAGCUCGAAAAGGGUCGCCUCGUGCCGAUCAACUUCAAAAAGAUUACCGACGCCUGGUACCAGCAGGGCCGACCCCGUGUGGUCGGCUUCCGCUUCGACCUCGAGACGCAGGUCGAUCUCGUGGCGCUACACGUCAAUGAAUUUACCUUUUGCGGCCGCCGCCAAUGCAACCCAGUCGAGAUCAGCAGCCUCCUGCACAGCAUGAAGGUCAACGCGCGCGCGAUGCGCAUCCGCACCUUUUGCCAACCCGACUCGGUCAUCGCCAAGCAGCUCGCGGACAGCCAGUCCUUGUUUGACAUGAUUGGGGCGGUAGACGACGCGAACAGAGCCCUGUCCGAGAUUGUGCGCUUUUUCAAGGUGAUUGUUGAGCGGGAGCACAAGGUUCUGCAACAGCGGCAAAAGGAGCAAAAGCACACCACAAGGUUGACAUCGCUUGACGAUUAG